CACAGACAAACAGCGAGCGGUCUCGAGGGAGUACUCUGGGGAAGGGAAGAAGGAGGUGAAGCGUCACGGAACGAAAAGAGCAGGAGACUUGAGAAAACCUCUCACAAAACCCCAGCGACACCAGCGCUUGCAUCAGUACCACAAGCAGGGGGAAGAGAUGGGGGGCACCAAAGAUUCGAUGCCAUUGGUGGUCGCAUAUUUCUCGGCUGCGUUGAUUGGUGGGGCGUGGUGUUGGGGAGGAGCGUGUCUGCAGGACAGCAGGCACAAAGCCACGCCCGGUCCAGAGCCCUACUUGACAGAGUGCACGCUCUACGCAGACAAUUCCUGCUGUUCAGAGGAGGGAAUCCAGGAGAUCGUAGCCACCCCUGCCAUUAGGGGGGGGAGUGUGCCCUGGGACAGGUGUGGACCACAUAGUCUCAGCUGUGAGGGCUUCCUGAAGCGCCUGUCUUGUUUUCAUCGCUGCUCUCCAGAUGCGGCUCGCUGGCCACACCCCCAGCAGCCUGAUGCCAUCCAGGCCACGCCCCUGUGCCACAGCUUCUGCAGAGACUGGUUUGGGGCCUGCAAGGCAGACCUGACGUGCACCCGCGACUGGGCCAGGGACUGGAAGGGGGUGAACUGCACUGGGAGCUGUGUGCCGUUCCAGCAGAUGUUCCGGGACGGGCGUGACCUGUGUGACAGACUCUGGGGGGACUCUUUUGUGACUGUGGAGGAUGAUGGGGAGGAGAGGGGCUCCUGUGGCUGCCUCUCCCUCAGCCCCUCCGACAGGGAGGUGGUGGCAGCCCUGCGUGCCCAUGAUGAAGACCCCGACGAGCUAGACACCACCAAGACAGGCCUCCCACAGUACCGUGCCCCCUGCCCAAUGCGCCGCCGGGCCCAGGUCCACACAGCGCCCCCGCAGGCCAGGAGGAGCAACGAUAACAUCGUCGUGCACAGGCGCUCCAUCGUCAUGGACGACGCAGAAGGCAGUGGCAGUGGGUUCUAAAAUGUCAAAAAAUGUUCUUGUGUUUCAUGAUGUUCCUAGAACUUGCAGUUCUAACCCAAAAAGGGACCAUCGCCUUUAUCCUCUAACUUACCAUCUGAGUGUACCUCUCCCAUUCAUAAGCAUCAAUAACUUCUCAGCUCUUGCAGAAAAUAGCAUGCACUUUGAACAGUUUAGUUAGAAUUGACACUAAACUGUAAUUAUAUUAUACCAAGAGGCAAAUCUGUCAGCAACCUAGAUGGGUUUCCCAACCUGAAAUGUAACCACCUCAUGAUUGCUAUUGUGCUAUACCAGAGUCUGAUGCUUAUGCACCUCUGUGUUGAAAAUUGUUUUAAAAAAAUACAAAGAUAACCACUCAUAACCACAUCCACGCCACCACAGUGACAGCUGUUUUCCUCACAGGUAAUUUGCACAAAAAAACUUUUGGAGCCAGCUAAGAUAUACAUGACAAUAUCUGCAAACGGUUUAAAUUAUUAAAUGCAAACACACAAGAACUGUGUAUACAGCAAUCCCUCAAAAGCAAAGUUAAACAGCCACAGUGUUCUUGAGUGCGGACAAAUAUAUUAGGCCAGACAGCAGAUUAAAACCUACUUGGACAUUUCAUCUCUCCUUAACUCUUCCUAGAUACAUACCACAUAAACCAUAUGUAUCACACACAUUACACAUAUCAUAUUUACCACAUAAUACACACAAACCAAACGUCAUAUAUACCACAUAGAGUCCAUAUAUCCACACAUAUUGCCAAUAACAUAUACUAUACAUUAUCAAAUGUACCACAUACACAUACAAAAUACUGAUUAUAUAUACCAUGCAUUGAACACUGUUUUCAUACACUAUUCACAAAAUCCUGAUUACACACACCAUGUAUUCAUUGAUAUCUACACCUACACAACUACACACACUCAAAUGUUAUCUGUUGCAUACCCUCAACUUGCAUGACAAAUAAAUAGACAGGUGUAUUUCUUUUUAGGGAGUAGUUGUCAUGGAGGGGGUUAUGUUAGAGAAGGUAUUUGUGUUAGGACAAUGCUGGUAGAGAAUGCACAAUUUAAUACAGUGUGAAAUGUCGAACAUCACUGCAGAAGGUGGAGGGUUUUUAGAAGCAGGGAGAGAAGGGAACAAUAGUCCACCCACAGGACAGCACAAAAUUUGAACUAUGGCUGACAUGGAGUUUGUUUUGGAUGUGUUUUCGUCUUACUAUGAAUAUGGUUAUUAAUGUGGCAAGGAGACCUGACCUUUCUGAUUGAAUCAGAACAGAAUCACAGCAGGGCUCGAGUCAGAGAAGCCACUGGUCAAUGCCCAAAGGAGCCCUGUCCAGACACAGAGCUUAUUUUCCUGCAAACCGAACUGAGAACAUUCCUGUC